CCCCACCUUAUGUCCCAGCUAAUCCCAUUACCUCCAUCGCUUGAGCCCUUUUUAGCGCUGUACCUCCCUAGGAAUGGUGUUCCUUUUGUGACCCUCACCUACGCGCAGUCGUUGGAUGCCAAAAUCGCGGCGGGGCCCGGCCUCCAGACCGUCAUUUCCCACUUGGAAACCAAGACCAUGACCCACUACUUGCGCUCCAAACACGAUGCGAUCUUGGUGGGACUGGGAACCGUCCUCAGCGAUGAUCCUGGGUUGAAUUGCCGGUACAACGCGCACAGAAUCAGACCCGUGGUGGUGGAUCCGCGACGCCAGUGGGUGUACCAGGGAUCCAGAAUUGACUGCACGGUGGCCUCUGGUGACGGUCUUGCGCCAUUUAUCAUCAUUGACGCCGCAACUGAGGUUCCAAAAGCCGCUGAUGCGUAUUUAGAGGCCGCAGGCGGACGCUAUGUGAGGUUAGAGCGGGCUGGUGGUCAGUUCGACUGGCGCCGUCUUUUGGACGCCUUGGCUGAAUACGGCAUCGGGUCUGUGAUGGUUGAGGGUGGAGCCAAGGUCAUUAAUAGUUUGUUGGUGUAUCAGAGUGAGGGAAAGGGUGUUGUGGACAGUUUGAUUGUCACUGUUGGUCCGGUGUAUUUGGGCGACCAGGGCGUGGGAGUCAGUCCAAUGAAAAAUGUUUGGCCCUCGUCGGUGACGUGGUGGUCCGGUGUCCAGGACAGUGUGAUGUGUGCUAAGCUUGAAUAGCAUAGGUUGAAAUAAAGGGGUUCUGCGGAGAGUUUGACUUUUUUUUAUACGGAAAAUGCGUCUAAGCGGAGAAUGUAGAGUUAUAUCUGUAACAUCACAAAAGGGUAGUUAUAACUUGAGACAUAAAUAAGGUAUAGAAAAUUUUGGUAGAAAGAGGUAAAU